CCAACAAGAACAACUACAAAGAGAUCUUUUAUUCCAAGAAAGUUAGAUGAUGUUAUAGAUGUUGAAAGAGAUAUAAUGAAAGUAGCUCAAGCACAAUCAAAUGAUAAUAUCAGGAUAGAAAGUGAAAAUCAAGCUACCAUAGUUUUAAAAGAGAUUACACGAGAAAUGAAUGAUCAGAAAGAAUCAGAGAAUGAAGAUCAAGAUGAUUUAGAGGAUAUUGAAUCUGGUGACGACAAAGCAACGAUAAAGAUGUCAAUAAAGGAGCGAAAGAAAAUAGCUAAAGAAGAGGCAAGAGAAAAAC